AUGACGACUCGCUAUACUGUCCAGGUCGAGGAGGCUGACUCCGACAUCAAGACAUUGCACGGCAAUGCGUAUCUGCUCCAGGUCGCCAAAGCUGUUGCAACUGGCGGCAAAGCCUCGUUCAAUGUGGUCUACGCCUCCAAGCUCCUCGCUCCCCACAUGAAUGUUCAGUGGACCACGGUUUACGGCAUCAACUGGGCCACCGAGAUGCCGGCCCAAGGAGCGAUCGUCACCUACAGUGGCAAAUGGAAGCAGUGCAACCUGGGCGAUUCCUACACCCUGACCCAGGACGGUGUUUGGGCUGCCACACAGGAGAACUCCAAUGCCAAGGAGAAUGCCCUGAACAUUGCCUCCAACGACUACGAAGUUCCGGUCCAUGUCCUUGUCGGCGUGCAAGACCCCAGCACCAAGAUGUGGACACCGAUCUGGUUUGGCAACAACAAGCUCUUGAAGGGUUCCCACGGAGAAUAUGAGCCGAUUGAGACCGUCAACAUCUGGUAUCAGCAAGGCGACCAGACCGCCACCAUGAUUUCCAACCAGGCGACCUCAAUCCAGUCUUACGAUAUGCCGGCUUCGCACCCAGUUUACUUUUCGUAUGACGCGGCUAAGGGCAAGUGGCGUACCCCUCAGGAUGUCACCUUCAACUUCCCUUGA